AUGGCCCUGCACCAUGAUCCACCGGUCAACGACCGUCUGGACCAAUAUGACUACGAUGGCGAUCCUGGCCGACUCGUGCCUGAACCGCCCUGCACUUGCGCUCUCGAGAUUGAUGAGCGAUCCGAUUUGAUGCGACUGUCUCUGCACAUUGGUUGUGCUUCGGACGGAUGCGACGAAAUGGAUUGCUCGCCGAUCACCGAGAACGACUACUCCGACGACGGGGGAUGCCAUAUUGCACCCUCAUGGACAUCGCCCGUCGACUCCACCAUGCUUCCAAUCUUGGGAUCGCUUCCGAAUAUGACGCAGAAGUCUCAGUUGCCUGCACAUGCAAUGACACGUCGGUACCGACGGAUGUCGUGCUGCAACCCAGACAUCAGCGUCAGUCAUCUGUCUCGUCGAGAGACGGCAGAAGACGUCGCGAGAUUUGACCUCGCAGACAUGGACCGAUUUCCUCUUGGGAAAUGGUCAAUGCUUCAGGGUCGCGAAGAUCCAAGGCAGGAAACAUUUGGCUUGGGAUAUGAUCUUCCCAGCGCAGCUUGCGCAACUUGCGCAGCCAUCGCUUGCCAUGACUUCCAUACCACGCCUCGGCGCCAGGAAGUCAACAGCAUCAUGAAGCACCUGUCGGUUGGCCAAGGACCUGAGUACGUCGUAAAACUUCUCGAGCGGACAUCUAAACUUGAUGACUCCAGAUCCCACAUCGCUCACACACAACCAACGCCAUUUGUAAACCGCUACGCUCAGCACAUUGCCGAGUCCACCACCAUCUACGACCACAGCUACAACCACUUUGACCAGCAACCUUCACCUUCGCACACGGAGUUGAUCGAAAUGUCUGCUGCAACUUCCACGAGAGUUGGCAGACUAGAAGGCGAUAACACUACCCACACCGAGAUUGACCCCCUCCUCACUACCACCAUGGCAGUGACUUCCACCGGCUGGCCCUACGGGGCCCAGCCCGGAUGCGCUGCACCCCACGACACAAUGGAGACCAUGUUCAACCAAGCCUCGCCUCUCUCCGAGCUCUACGAGUCACCGGACGAGAUGGCCUGGGCCACAUACAUUAACGAGGAGAUGCUCGCCCCCAGCGACUUCACCAUGAGCUACCCCUACCCCACGGACACCAGCUCCCCGGAGGACAUCAUCAACGACCCCACCGUCCAGUACGACGUCGAGCAGAGCCUCUUCUCCUUCAACGACCCCCUCCCAGACCUCUCGGCGUCGUCGGACUACCUCUCGGGCGAUCAGCUCUCCGCCUCCUACUUCGGCAGCGCAAACACGUCUCCCUUCGAGCAGUCUCUCGACUACAUCCCCGACGACAUGGACUUCCUCCAAGACCCCAGUUCCAUGCCCGUCUGGCCCCUCUCCUCCUCCACCGCCUCCCCCCUCCCCACGAGCACCGCCUCUCCGACCUCCCCGGACGGCGCCGACCACCCCUACCGCUGCACCACCGACAACUGCACAAAGACCUUCCGCAAGGAGGCCCAGCUCAAGCAGCACCAGCGCGUCCACCGCAAGUCGCUCGUCUGCACCAUCUGCCGCGCCGAGCGCCACACGGAGCACAAGUUCGCCCAGGUCCGCGACCUCGAGCGGCACCUGCAGGCGCGGCACCCCGAGGUCGCGCAGACCGCCAACGUGCGCUCCGAGAUCCGCGAGUGCCCGCACCCCGGCUGCGACCACCGCGGGCGCAGGGACAACGUGUCGAGGCACCACGAGAGCAAGCACGGCAAGAAGCUCAAGUGGAAGAGGGGCGUUCCCCACGUCGUGGGUUAA